GUUUAUUUUAAUUACCGUGUGUGAAAGUUAUGUUUCAUGAAGCCUAUCGAACUAACGCGACAACCUUGUAGCCUAAUGUUGAACUUUAACUUGGGCAAGAGGAAAUAAAUGAAAUGUGUCGACAUGGAGGCUGAAACAACAACUUCUACUGCCGCUGAGUUAUCUGUCUGUGGCACUCUGGUCAUUCCAUGGAAUUUCCCCCUUCUUGAAUCACUGUAAUACAGGAACAGAGGUGAAGAGGCCAAGGACGGAGGAGGACCAGGCAACAACUUUAUCAGUUUUACUAGAAUGGACAGUCAGGAGGUGGGGGGUUUACUGGAGGAGUGCUUCAGAGCAGCAGCAGCAGCAGCUCAACAGUCCAUCCAGCCCACUGAGGCAGAGAGGCUGAACCACUGCAGCUGCAGAGACUCACUGUGUGCUGAACUGGCCUCUCUCCUGGAGGAGGCAAUGGAGAUGAAGUGGCCCUUCAUGCCGGAGAAGUGGCAGUACAAGCUGUCAGUCGGCGCCAACGACAAAACUAACCUCAGUGACCUCAUCAGCAAGCACCUGCCUCAGCUACUGGCUGUUUUAAAGGCUUCCAUCGUGGCUCAGGAAGCACGCACAGCGCUGGCAGUGGUCUUCUUAGUGGACCGUUUCCUCUACUGGACGGACGAGUCCAGCCGGCUGUUAAACAUCACCAAGCUGCUCCACAGACGCCACCCUGACACCCCUGUGGCCCCCCAGCUGGUCAUACGACAGGCCAGGGUGUACCUCAACUCUGGCAAACUGCAGAAGGCAGAGUACAUCCUGAACAGUCUGAUUAACAAUAGCGGGGCCACAGGUUGUUGGGUGUACCACUCUGACAGUGACAGGGCUCUUGUGCAGGCCGUUAGCGUUCAAGUGCGGGGAAUGAUUUUGCAAAAGCUAGGCCUGUGGUUAGAGGCUGCAGAGCUAAUCUGGGCCUCUCUGGUUGGCUACUUCUCACUUCCUCAACCUGAUAAAAAGGGCAUUGGAACUUCUCUUGGCAUACUGGCCAACAUACUGGUGUCUAUGAAUGAUGAGGACUUCCAUGCUUUUAGGACUAAUCCAGAUAUUGAAUUUAAGUCCUUACUUGGGGAUGGGAGUCAUCGUCUUCUUUCAGCAGCCCAGGCAGCAAAGAUGGCCGUGGUGUACAGCCAGUACACCUCACUCUAUGUGUUGACCAAUGUAGCAACUCAAGGGACCUGCUUGUUAUCAUACAGUUUUUCUGUGGAGUGCCCUGACUCUCAAAGAGAGUUUUUCCUCCUGCAGAGCAGAGAGGCAUUUGCAAUUGGUUUGCUCACCAAAGCAGAGGGCGAGCAAGUCACUAGCAAGCAGGAGCUUCACACCUUCCUCAAGGCUGCCUAUUCCCUUACUGUCGCUCACAAAUGGCUCGGCACUCCUCAGGAGGUUGUGGCACAGGCAACACAGGCCUGCCAGAAAGCUUUAGCCAGUUUCUAUGAUUAUUGUCAUGCAGAGAACCAAGUCAAAGAUAGCCUCUGUGCUGAGAUCAUGAAACUGGUUUCCCAAGUCAAGCUUCUGUUGCGAGUGGAACCUUUCCUUAAUUCAGACAAGGGGUCUUUUAUUCCUGACAGCUACAGAAACAUUGAAGAUACAUCAGUAAAUUUUACUCUGGAAGGUUUCACUAAGGUGAUGCAGAGAUUUCAGAAGUAUAAUGCGUCACUGUGCGAUACCACCAACCCAAACUGUAAGGGGACUAAAGACGAGAUAGAUGGGGCAAGGCUGUGUAUAACUGCACUGUGGACAACCCCUGAUACACUCAACACAGAGUGUAGCACUGAGGCCUGCAAAGUGUCAAAAGGUACACCCACAGGAGAGGAGCCACAUAAGAGAGGUUCAAAUUCAUCUGUGCAUCCACCACAAAAGCCAGACACGCGUACCACUCAAGGGACAACAGAUGACCUUGGCUCAUCAUGGCAGAACCUCUCCUUGAGCGGUUCAGGGUCUUCUUGGCCCAGCAGCAGUGGCUACGCAGGAAGUAGUGCCAUUGAAGGUGGAGCAAAUGCGAGGAAUCAGAGCUGUGUGAUCACUGAGGUUGAUGAUGAGAGGUCAGACAGCAUGCUUAAAUUCACUGAUGAAAACGAGAAGCAAGAGUCACAUGGUUGUAACUCUGCUGCCAGUUCCCAUACAGUCCCACGAUCUGCGAUACCUGCCACUUCCUCCUCUGAUGCGAGUAGUGAUUCAGAAAAGUUUGAGGUGAUACAAGCUGGAAUAGAGACACUGGGCACUGAGGAUUGUAUGAUUGAUGCUGCUGGUGUGGCACAGAACCCGACAGUAGCUGAAGGAGCACCACAAUCCUUAUCCCAACUAACUCUCAGAUCAUCCUCCAGCUCCCUCAGUGACAGUUUCGGUUCCCAGUCAUCAUGGGAAAAAAUCUCAGCUGACCUUAACCCCCCCACAACGAGAAAACCUCAGCCAUCCAGCCUGCCAAAAGCAGGAACAGGCCAAAGCAGCAAGUCAUCAGAGUCCGAUGGGAACUUCUUCCUGUUGGAAACACUUGAUUAUGAAACCAGUGAUUCAGUUCAUGAUGUCACGUACAAAAACCCAACAUCUGGAUGGGAAUUCAAAGCCUCAUCCAAGCCACAACCCCUGGAGAGCCUUAAUGUAUACCCAAACACAGACACUGAGGUUGACUCUGUAUAUGUAAAACCUCCUAACAACGGCUCCUUAGCAACCCCACACCCAAACCUCUUCCAGUGUGCCCCCACUGAAACCUCCACAGAGAGUUCAUUCGAGAUGCUGGAGGAGAGUCAAAGUGAACACCAACGCAGUGAAGGCUCUUCUACAGAAAAAGUGAAUGGCCCUCAGAGGAAGAACCCCUCGUGCUACAGCUGCCUAAAGCACAGCAUCGUAGAUAGUGUUGUCCCUAAGCAACAGUAUUUGUUGUCACAGAAGGAUUACGAAGCUGUACUUGCUGGAAUUUGUCAUGAUUGUCUGCUGAAGAGGUUGCACAGUGAUGAGGCACAAUUCAAACUCAAGGAACACAGAACCGCCUACUGUGCUCUUCAUUUAAAGUUCUCCAAAGCAAAAGGACUGUGGACAGCAAGGGAGACCUGUGUUUACAUCGGAGCGCUAAUGGGGAUGAAGGGUGGGCAGAGAGAAACAAUAUGGGUACAGUUUUUACACCAGGAGGAAAGGUUAAGCAGUUAUGUGGGGAAGGAUUACUUAAAGCCAAAGCAGAUCCAGUUUCAUCUGAAAGAUGUGGAGAGACAGAUGACAGCCCAGUACUAUGUGACUGAAUUCAAUAAGAGUCUCUUCGACAGAGACGUCAUGGCUCAGAUCUUCUUCAUUCCCUCAGAGGCGCUGUUGAUUUUGAAUGGGAAUGAGAUCGUGGGUUGUGUAACCGUGGAGCCCUACAUGCUCGGAGACUUUGUCAAACUCACCAACAACAGUGGAAAGAAGGACGAUAGUCUCAAGGCUACAAAAUAUGGCCUUGCCUUUGGACACUUCACCUACCAGUUCUCUGGCUACCAGGAAGUCGUUGUAGACCUUCAAGGAUGGGUGACGGCCAAUGGCAAAGGGUUGACCUACUUAACCGACCCCCAGAUCCACUCCACCAAGACCCCUAAAGGCCCGUCCAACUUUGGCGCCAGAGGCCUCAGGUACUUCCUGGAAGAGCAACAUGGACCAGAGUGCAAUGGCAUUUGCCAGCUGCUCAAACUACCUCCAGUGGUCAGACAUCCUCAUGUUGUUCCCUAGAAACUUGCUGAUAUUCAGUGUUUGCACUCACAAUUAAGUGAAAAAUUAAUGGUUUUAAAUAUGAGUAACAUGACUUUGAUGCAAGCUUCUGAAAUCUACAGGUUUACAUAAGUUAGCGUCAAUGACAACAGUGAAUCCUCAUAACAUCAGACAUACUACUGAAAUGAAGGACUGAAAAAUUAUUAGAGUUUACACAAGGGGGAUGGGGGGGGGGGUGCAGACUGAGAAAAGGUCAAAUCAGCAAAAUUAUGAAUAUAGAUUAACUAAAUUCUAUUUGUGGUACUAUACACAGUAUUUAAACCGUAAGCAUUGAUGCUAUUUCUGUUUGACUCUUUACUGUUUGUAUCACACAUUUUUCUAUACUGAGUUCAAUUUUUUAAAAACUGUACAGACAGUUCUCUCUACCAACAUGAAGCUCAGCACAACAUUUAAUCUCGCAUCCAGAAAGGCACUAAUGCAACCAAAACAUUUCAUAAACCUAUACACUUUCCACCUCCAUUAGGGCAAGCGUUCCUCUAUAGGACUGAGGAAUGGAGAGUAAGGUGGAAGGAAAAAUGACGCCAUCCUGGAUGGGCUAUAAACUAGUCUGUGACUGGGUGAAAACAGUGAGAGAACAACAUAUUGUUCCUUACAUUUACAAAAUGUUCUGGAUUCAGCCUCACCUGCCCCCCUUUGCUCAGCUGGCACCAGAGUUUCAUAGACACCAUCAAGGAAUGAAAACAGGCACACAGUUUUGUUUGUCCCAGUUUAUGCAUUUUUUUUUCUUUUUAGAUGUAGAUGUAGCAGAAUAUAGCAAAUAUUAAUCUAAUUAUCAAUACAUUUUUUCUUAUGGUAGGUUCAUUUUUAAAGAUGGUAUGUAAACCUGUGAGUGUAGGUGCUGGUUGAGUUUGAGUGAGAAAACAGUGUCUGAAUUUUGAAAGAUGUGGCCUUUGAAUGCUUUCUGUGUUAAAGCAACGAAAGGGGAUACACAGUUUAGUCCACAGUGACCGCUGUUAUGAAGACCGGGGUGUGAAAAAGUGAACUCCGUAUUGAGAAAUGCGUGUUAGCACUUGUCAAAACCACUAAAUCAUGAAAAAAAAAACAAUUGCAAUAGAAUACUUGUGGUGUUUUUUAUUUUUUAUCUUUCACUGUCUCUGAGAGACUGGAUUGCUGUCUAACUGGACUGACAGCAGGAAUCACCUGACACUGUGACCAAUGUUGAGUGUAAAGUUGCUCUUCAGCGCUGAGUAGAUCUGUUCUUUCAUUGCCUUUAUUCACACUCUUGUGUUAGGUAUUUUAGUUUUUUUCCACUUUAAUUAUUUUUUAUUAUUAAAUAAAUUAAAUAAUUUAAUAACCUUUUUUUUUUUUAACUGCAGUUAACAAAAUAAUCUUGUAGACAUGACUUGUAAAAUGAAUGUAAUUAAGAUAUAUUGUAUUCUUUAUUCAAACUUAAUGGGGUUGUGAUUUAGUGAAAGUGAAUACAAAGAUGUGGACACUGUUAAAUCUAUGAGCUCAACUUUUACUGUGCAAGUCAAAUGCAAUAUUAGAAACUUAAAAGUGCAACACUUUCUUUUGCAUAGUGUUGAAAUGUGAAAUAUCGAAUCACGGGAAUAAAGAACCAUGUUAAUGUGUAUAAACAGUGUAAUGCUGUCGUUAAAUAAAGUGCGUAUAUGAGCUCAACAGAGUAAAUCAGUGAGGGAAGAACAUACCUGUGACAUUCAGGUACUCCUAUCUAACGACAGCAGUCACGCACCUCCACAUCAUAUGACAGUGACACAGCGCUAUUGACACAUGUGAUCCCUCCGCUCCAGUCCACCACAAAUCCAGUUCGGGGUUUUAUGGCCUCUUACGUUUGUGAACACAAACAGCAUUCUUUACCCCUGACCCAGUGCAGACAGGCCUCACAGCCACCCCGCUGCAAGCACUGUAUGAAAGCGAGCUUUUCUGAACAUCUGUAACUUAAGCGUGGUGUAUGUUUGCAGUCUGUGUAAUGUACUGCAUUGUGUAUUUUGAUGAUGUUAUACGUUUGGUUGUAAAAUUUGUGUAUAUAUAAUAAUCUUCAAUUACAAAAUCUGCUGUUCAA